CUUGACUCAUAGCUGACAAGAGUUUUUGAAUCUUUCACUGGUGAGACUUCCCACAUCUAACAUGCGCCUUUCGGCCCUGCUGGCCUUGGCAUCCAAAGCCACUCUCCCUCCCCACUACCGCUAUGGAAUGAGCCGUCCAGGCUCCCUAUCAGACAAGAGGAAGAAUCCUCCAUGGAGCAGGCGGCGCCCAGUGGUGGUAGAGCCCAUCUCUGAUGAAGACUGGCACCUAUUCUGCGGAGACAUGGUGGAAAUCUUGGAAGGCAAGGAUGCUGGCAAGCAGGGCAAAGUGGUCCAAGUCAUUCGGCAGCGGAACUGGGUUGUCUUGGAGGGGUUGAACACGCAUUUCCGCUAUGUUGGGAGAACCAAGGAUCACCGAGGGACCAUGAUCCCUAGUGAAGCCCCGUUACUUCAUCAUCAGGUCAAGCUAGUGGACCCUGUGGACAGGAAACCCACUGAAAUCCAGUGGAGAUUUACUGAAGCAGGAGAGCGGGUUCGAGUCUCUACAAGAUCUGGGAGAAUUAUCCCCAAACCUGAAUUUCCUAGAGCAGAUGGCAUUGUCCCUGAAACAUGGACUGAUGGCCCUAAGGACACAUCAGUGGAAGAUGCUCUAGAAAAAACCUACGUGCCCCGGCUAAAGACAUUAGAAGAAGAGGUGAUGGAGGCAAUGGGGAUCCAGGAGACUCGAAGAUACAAGAAGAUUUAUUGGUAUUGAGCCUAACAGUGCUGCUUCUGCCUUGAGGGUGGGGGUAGGCUCC